AUGGACGCAUCGACAUUGCAGUGGGCGUACCGUGCGCAAAAAAGCCUGGGCGUCAAGGCGGGUGUGCCUAACUUCCCCGACGUGCAUGGCUUUGAUGGUGCGCAUGUGGGUUCGCGAAUGCUCGUAUACAGUGCCAGUGGCUCGAGGCUUGCUGUGGCGUUAGAGCAGGGCACACAGAUCUAUGAUGUGCGCGACACGGGUGUUGAGCUACGUCUGGAGGUGCCUGUAUCGCGUGCCAUUGAGCUAGCACUGUCGCCACGCGGCACCUACCUUCAGACGUGGGAGCGUCCUGUCAAGGGAGAGGAUGGCUCGUAUAGCCGCAACCUGCGUAUAUGGCACGCUGAGACAGGCGAGCUCCUCGGCGCCUUUGAGCGCCGCCAAAUCGAUGGGUGGCAGUUCCAGUUUACUGACCGCGAAGACUACUGCGUGCGCUCUACAGCAAGUGAGCUGCAAGUGUUCCACCCGAACAACAUCCAGGCAGGGGCCGUGGGUCGGCUCUCUGCGGAGCAUGUGCAGACCUUUUCCGUGGGUCCUGGCCCGCAACCGGCCAUCUCCGCUUUCUUUCCUGAAAAAAAGGGUAUGCCCGCCUUCGUGCGCAUUUAUUCGCUCGCUUCGAUCUUGCAAGGCCCACCUGGUGCCGUGGCGCCCGCCGCCCAAAAGUCGUUCUUCAAGGCAGACAAGGUCACGAUGAAAUGGAACAGGGCUGGAUCGUCACUUUUGCUCAUGACAGCGACGGACCAUGACCAGACGGGCAAGUCGUAUUAUGGCGAGACGAAUCUGUACAUGCUGUCGACACGCGGCGACUUUGACUGCCGCGUCGGUCUUGACAAAGAAGGACCCAUCCACGACUUUGAGUGGAGUCCCAACAGCCGAGAGUUUAUUGUGCUGUAUGGCUAUAUGCCUGCCAAGGCGGUCGUGUUUUCGUACCGCGUGAAUGUGAUCGCAGAGCUCGGCACGCAGCCGCGUAACCUCAUUUCGUACAACCCACAAGGGCGCUUGUUUGUGCUCGCUGGCUUCGGCAACCUGGCUGGCACCGUCGAUAUCUGGGACCGGGAGCGUCUGGCAGAUGGCAAGCUGUUCACGCUUGAUGCAAGUAACAGUAGCGUGUUGGAAUGGAGUCCUGAUGGCCAAUUCCUGUUGACAGGCACGCUCUCACCGCGCCUGCGUGUGGAUAAUGGCGUGCGUAUCUGGCACUGUACCGGCAAGCUCGUGCAUGUCGACAUGGUGGACGAGAUGUACUCGGCCGCGUGGCGUCCGCAGCGCUUUACCGAACCGCCUGCCUUCCCCAAGACCCUACCGCCCGCGCCAGCACCGUCCACGGCAGCAGCAGCCGUGCUGGCCAAGCAGCAGACGGCGGCCAAACCCAUGGGUGCAUACCGCCCGCCCAGCGCGCGCCAUGCUGGCGCAUCGACCGGUGACUUUUUGCGGCGCGAUGAGCAGUCGUCUGGUCCGUCGGUGCCAUCGGUGCCUGGAGCCAGCAGCAAGCGUGGCGGCCGCAAGGUGCCUGGUGCGCCUCAAAAGAACCCUGCACCACCGCCGAAACCAACGAUGGGCGCGGCUGAUGUGGGUGCGUGCUCCUCAGAUGGUGGCGUAGUCGAGAAGAAGCUGCGGAAUCUGACCAAAAAGCUCAAGGCCAUUGAGCAGCUCAAGGAACGCCGCGACAAGGGCGAGGCGUUGGAGCAGACACAGCUCCAGAAGAUUGAGACAGAGCAAGAGAUCCGCAACGAGCUGGCUGCGCUCCAGUAA